UAAAAAUGAAUUUAAAUAAUUUAAAAUAUGUACCUCAACCAAAUCUAUAAAGGGUCUUGCAUUAUAAAAAAACAAAGAAAAGAGAAUUGCAAGAUAAGAUGUCAUUUUAGUUUGUGCCCAAACUGAACUCAAAAGGAAGGAAAGAGAAUUGAGGUUUUUACUGCACAUUUUGUAGGAGGACAACUUUUUUAAACUAAAAAGAAAAUAAAAUUGAAAUUAAAAUAAAAACUUUAGAAAUGACCAAACAUACUUUCUGGAAAGAAAAGAAGGAGAGAUUUGAUGAAAAAUUUUGGUAAUCUAAAUUAUUGGGCGAGGCAAAAGUUAUGGGAAAACAAAAUAAAGAAAGAAAGCAACUCUCUCUCUCUUGUUUGUACUGCUCCCCAGCCAAAAGAAAAAAGAAAAGGGAAAAAGAAAAGCCCCAUUGCAAACUGGAAAUUUUGAUUUUGAUUUGAAAGAGAGCAAAACAACAUAAGAAAUUGAAGUGACUGACCCAUCUAUAAUACAUACAACAUACUUACUAGUUACUACACACACACUCUCUCUCUCUCUCUCUCCAGUCUUUAUAAAACCUCAAAUAUCUCUCUCUGUCUCUGUCUCUGUCUCUCUCGCUGAGAAUUGCUGCCGGUGGUGAAGAUGCCGAGGCCAGGGCCGAGACCAUAUGAGUGUGUGAGAAGAGCUUGGCAUAGCGAUAGACACCAACCCAUGAGAGGUUCUGUCAUUCAUCAAAUUUUCAGGGUCGUCAGUGAGACUCAUAGUGCCAUUACUAAAAAGAAUAAAGAGUGGCAAGAGAAGCUUCCUAUUGUUGUGUUAAAAGCUGAGGAAAUCAUGUAUUCUAAAGCAAACUCUGAGGCCGAGUAUAUGAACCCAGAUACUUUAUGGGAUAGAGUAAAUGAUGCCAUUAACACCAUUAUUCGUAGAGAUGAGAGUAAUGAAACCGGGGAACUUUUGCCUCCUUGUAUUGAAGCUGCUCUCAAUUUAGGCUGCAUUCCAGUUAGAGCUUCAAGAAGCCAACGGCACAGUAAUCCUAGGAGUUACCUCAGCCCAAGAAUGCAUGAACCUGUGCCUGCAGCACUUAGAAUUGUGGAAAGAGCCAAUGAUAAGCAAUGCCCUCAGCUAUCGCCACCUCAGUCCAGCAGUCAGUUGAACUUUGCAAGACCCACCACAGCAGUAAAUUCGACGCUUCCGGUUUCAGAAUCUAACUGCCAUUUGACUGAGAGUAGUAAUAUAGCUGCUUCUUGCAGUUAUCCUUUACUGUAUGACAAUAUUUCUCUGGGCUCUAGUCAGUUGAUGUCAAAGGAAAUUAACAAGCAACUGAACUUGGGUUCAGUUUAUCCCUUGUAUUAUGGAAAUAACUAUCACAUCAAACAGCCUCAUUUGGCUUCUCAAGUCCCAGAGAAGAAUUCCAACACUAUUUUUGUCGGUACACCAAUCAGUACAUCAGCUGCAGAGCCUGCUGAGAUGAGUGUUUUUCAUGACUUUUUAACAUGUCCCAGUGCUGAAAUUUCCGCCAAGAGAAUCUCACAAGCAGAUUUGGGGAAUACUCAUGAGAAGCCAUCUGGGGUGCAAUGCGAUCUGUCCUUAAGGUUGGGUCUAUUCACAGACUCGUCUGUGAAUAUGAAAAGAAGUCUGGUUCAAGAAACUGAAGAUGUUGGCUCAAGCAACUCUCAAGAUAGAAGCAAGUCUAGUAACUUUUAUCUACAAAAAAACAAGGAGCUGUUUUUUUCUCCUAGUAGAAAUACUAAUAUCCCUUUUGAGUACCAUCAAGUUAAGUGGUUUUCAGUGGGUGAAGAACAGAAUUUGGAUCCAACUAUCAGAAGGCUUACACCCUUAAUUGACAAUGUUUAUGAGGGGCAAUUUUGCUGGCGACCUGAGUUUACCUCUAACCAGUUCAUCGGUCGGGUAGAAAGGCCAGGUUUGUAGACAAUAUUUUCCUGUUGUAGUGUAUAUGCGUCGAAAUUUGAGCUGCCUCAAAUUAUGCUAGUUAUUCCACUUUGCAACCUCAUUUUAAUAUGUAGUUUUGAUCACAGAUUCACACGCUAACAAUGAGACUGCAAGUUGGAAUUUAGCAUAAGUUCAAAUGUAAAUGAAGUCUGAGUUUUUUUAAUCACGAUGAAGAUUGAGUUUGA